GUUAAAUCAAUAUAAGUGUGUAUAAAAAUAUAUAGAAAAAAGGAAUGACUUUAACAACAACUCAGCAUAAUUGUUGUUGGUGGUUAAGGGGAAGUCACUACUGCACGACGAAAGACGAGAUUCUUUAUUUGGGCUUAAAAACAUGUCCGACGUGGAAGAAUCUUUUCAUGAAGAUCAUUUAGAUUUGCCAGGAAUUAAAGCUUCAUCUUUAGUCAAUUCUCCUACUACUGAUACCCUAGACUCAGUCACCCUAGAGCCGUCUCCAGCUGAAGAGCAUGAAGAGGAGGGGAAUGAAUCACUGAACACCAGCAGGACGGGAAAAGAGGAAACAGAGGAACACAUUAAUAGUCAGCAAAAAUACAUUGAUAAAGGUAUAACUUUUGUAACAUCUGAUAAUACCUGUGAAGAACAGCACUUACAAGGAAGUGAACAGUCAGUUCAAGAAAGCAUUUUAGAAACAUUGGUGGGGUCUGCAAACGCCAUGACAGAAUCAAAGAACAUCAGCAGUUAUUUUGCAGAUGAUGGAGGUGGGGAUGAGUUUUUUGAUUCUUUUGCAGCAUUAAAGGACAGCCCCACCAAAGCUCAAGGGAGCACAUUUGAUGAUAUCCAAACCACAACUACAGACAGCAGCAUCAUAAGUGAUGGACAAGAAACAAGAGAUUCAUCAGAAAUUUUCCAGUCUGGCAUCCAAGUUGAUACAAAGCAGUAUGUUCCAGAGGUGUUCUCAGCAGUUGAUAGUCUGGAGGCAGAUGUUACUCACAUUUGCCAUAGGGAGCAUAAAAUUUCACAGAGUGAACCUGAAACCAUUGCAUUUGAGGGUGAAGAAGAGGGUAAUGAUGAGGUGAACACAAUCUCAGAACUCACUGAAAAAGAUGAGUUUGACUCAUUCACAGCCCAAGGAAGUGAAAAUAAUGGUCCAGAACCCACACCUACCCCAACUCACCACGGAAGUUUUGUGGAGCGUUCAAACUCUGCACCUGCUGGACAUCCCACCAAUGGGCCACACAGUAACCAGCAUAUGAGACAAGAUGAGGUAACAUCAGGGUUGCAGAGUUUGAGUGUAGGAACAACCCCAACACAAAUGUCUCCAUUAAGUACACCUGUUCAUCAGCCAGCAUUUGGUUCACCUUCUUCGCCUCAGACUACUCCUGUGGAACCUCCAAGAUUUGACAGACAAGCCUCUGUACCUACCAGUCCUUACCACAGUCAUCCAGAUUCAGGACCACCAUCAGGGACAUUCCAACCAUUUAGUGACAUGGUUGGUACAGAUGAUAUUUUCACAGCAAGUCUGUCAAUGAGUGACUCAGACCGACGUUUUGAUGCUUGGAUACCUUCAGAUGCUACACGCCACAUCCUGCUGACUAUGGCUACCAGUACAGGAUUGUUUAUUCCUACUUCAGAACAGCUAAGCACUCCAGGUGUCCUCAGCAAUGAGCCGCUGGGUGAUCCUGUGCGGGAUCUUGUAUACCGUUACAUGGGAGAACAAGAGGCUAUCCGGAGACAUGUCUUGACAGCAGAUGCAGUUUCGCAAGAUUUUGAUGGGCUGAGGAAACUGACUGAGGGUGGAUGUCUACGAGCAGCAGUUGACCUGACUGCCCGACUACUUGCCGCAUCUGGUCAGGGAGAAGGAAGAGUUGGUCAAAUCACACAGCAUUCCCAACAGACACUACAGCUGUGGUUUUUUCGCUUGGCUUUACUUGUGAAACUUCGUUUAUAUGAGAUGGCCGAGUCGGAGAUUAGAGCAUUCCAAAAUCUUGACACACCUGACCUUUAUUUUGAGUUUUAUCCUCAGCUAUAUCCAUGUCGAAGAGGUUCUAUGGUGUGUUUUGCAAUGCGACUGCUGCAUGCAGACCUUCCUCAUCUUAAUGGACGAAGUCAAGAGACAUUAGAUCGACUCUAUUAUAUUUUGGCUGUAGUCAGAAAGAUAAUCAGCAAUUUGGACAAUGAGCUAUGUGAAGAUGGAAGUGCUGCCCACUUGCCACCAGAAAGCAGAAAAGUUUCACGAGAACUUUGGGUAGAGAGAGAGCGACAGGUCUUAUACAAGAUUGCCAACAUUCUUUUGUCAGUGAGGGAUUAUCAAGCAGCAUUAGCAGUAUACAACAGCCUGCUGGAAAAAGAUGGAACAAAGCGAGCAGAUCUGCUGACAGGGAUCAGUAGAAUCCAUUUGCAGAUGGGUAAUGUGACAAAGGCAAAUGAGAUUCACAGUGAAGUGGAGAAGGCUGGAAUAAAGAGUGACAGCUUUUCUGCUAUCAGAAAUGCCAUGAAUAAGGGUUUGUCUGCAAUGUGCUUAAACAACUUCUCAGAAGCCUACAGUUACUUCAAGACAGCAGUUCAGCUGGAGCCAGACAACACCUGUGCUGUGAACAAUAUGGCAGUGUGCUCCCUCUACCUCGGACGUCUCAAGGAUGCUCUGAAUACUCUUGAAGCCAUUGUUCAUAGUGACCCAGCACGCAACCUGCACGAGGGAAUUCUGUUCAACUUAUGCACCCUGUAUGAGCUCGAGUCUUCUAGGGCUUUACACAAAAAGCAGGCUGUCUUAGAUUUAGUCAGUAAACACAAAGGAGAUGGAUUUUCUACAGCAUGCUUGAAAAUGGCUUAGCAAGAAAUGAUUUUAAUGCCUGAUAUUGUUUUGUGGACCAAGAUUUUUGUUCAUCUAAAUUGCAGAUCCUUUUGUGUAUUAAGAACAAUUAUUUUAUUCCCAUUGAAGAACAGUCAAUCAUGGUAUUUAAAUUUUCUUGUUGCUUGCACUACCUAGUUCUGUUUCAUUUACUAUAAAUUCUCAACUCCGUGAAUAGAUUUUAUCAAAUCCUAGGGCCCCUUUCUCCCCUUAACCAAGUGCAAUAUGAGGAAACUAUUAAGAUUUGCCUCACAAUAUAUAAGAACCAUUUUGUUUUGCUUGCAUUGCUUUGUGUAUAUUGACAUGGUUGUAUUUAACUAGUUAAACGAUAAUAUCUAAUCUUAACUGUGGCUUUUGAAUUGUUACAGCAGUAAGAAUAGACUUUUUUCCCCUGUGAUGCAUAGCUUACUAUAGAAUUUAUUUUAAAUUUCUCAGGAUUUAUCAAACAAAAGAAAUAAAUAGUAUUUUCUGAUUUAAGAAAAAAGACAAAUGCAUGCGUACACACACACACACAAAACCACAAAACAUAUAUCAGCAAAGAUGUGUUUAAUUAUCAUGGUAAUCCUUUUCCUGCCCAUGAAAACCAUCUUUUAAAAAAGGCCUCUUCACAAAAUUUCUCCUUCUCCUGCAAAAGUGUUAAUAGUUAUAGAUAUAAUUAUGUAUUUGAUUUUUGUGCACAACUUAAAUAUUCCAUUAUCUAACAUGAACACAACACUACUAUAUAAAAGAUUAAGUCAGUUGCCAAUGUCAUCUGUUUAAUCUAAAGCAGUAUUUCUAGACUGAAUAUUUUAUUCUUUAGGGAUUUUUAUGUACGUGUCUAGGUGCCUUCUCUGUUUUCAGGGUCUUGGCACCCUUGACAUUACAGUAAUCAAAUGUGCCAGGAAAGCACUUUUUUCUGUCAUCUGCUCCAUGCAUAUUGUCUAUAUAUAACUUCAUGAUGACUGCAUACAUUUUUCAUGGGCUGAACGACUAAGAAAGAUGCAGAGUAAUAAUGGCAAACAUAUUACGGUAAGCAGAGAAAAUCUGCCAGUUAAGAAUUUUAAAAAGUUUCGUACUGAGAAAACCAUAGUUACUUGUUACCUUAUGUUCUAUCUGGCUUGAAGAAUAAUUUUAUUCAUCUAUUGUGCACUAGAUGUUGAAUGAUAAAAACAGGAAUACCUUUU